AUGCAAGCAGACCUGGAGCUGCCCUCCAUAGCAGUAACUUUUACAAUUAUUGAAAGACAUUUUAUCAAAAUUUUAAAAAAAAUUCCAAGAAAUGAACAGGAAAUGAAUUUUACUUUACAGGUAGAAGACUAUGGAGACAAAGAACGACUUGCCGAAUCUCUUAUUAUACAUUGUAACAAGCCAUGUUAUGUGCUACCAAGCGUAAGAAGAGCAUGGGUCAAGUCCAUAACAAGAGACAUUAAUGACAGCACUUUUAAAAAUUACUCUGCCUUAAAAAAGUACUGGAAGAAUAUGUAUGGCUAUAGAUUGCCUGAUGUUCCAGAAGAAAACGUGUGCUACUUCAAUGUCGUUUUUAAUACUAACACAUGGAUUCAAGAUGUUGUUUCUUACACAUAUCCAUUGUAUUGUGUGAGAUCAUCUCCACUGAUUUUUAAAAGAAGUGGGAUCAACUAUCAAAAUGUUCUCCGUUCAUUCAUUAGUGAUUUCUGUAAAAGAUUGGGAAAUGUGUGCGGUGAGAAGUGUACGAUUCUUGACACGAAAGCUUGCUUUCCUUUUCUUCAGUUUUAUCCUGCUCUACAAAUCAAAGAGGAUAUGAAACCGAGACCUGGAACAACAUAUAACGUGCAUACAAGCACUUCAAGCUGUGUAAACCGUUCUAAAACAGACUUCAUAGGGAAUUAUAAUGCUACUAUUGAUCCGUGUCUGCAAGAUAAUCGAAAUCUCAGUAUCGAAGGUAAAACUCUUCAAAAUAUUUCCCAUCGUUUUCCAUCUGUUUAUUCAGAAAAUGAUGUAAGCAAGAUAUUUUUAAUCCAAGAAUCUCAGCAGUUAGCUUCAGCAUCGUGCUCAAGUAUGACACUGACAACAGAAAAUGAGAAGUCUCAACCUAAAUAUGCGCCACACUUUUAUCCAAAGAAGAGAACAUCGGAAUCGAUUUUAACCACCCUAGCAUUAGAGAAUAGCUCACAAAAAACUCCGCAAAAAAGGUUCGUUCCAAAGUUUUCGAGUAAAAAAUCUAACACAGGUGAAUAUGUUUUUUCAAAUCUUACAAAUUCUCAUGAAAGAGAAAACAAUUCAGUUAAAAAUCAAGCAUGCAAAGUAAUUUCUAGGAAAAAGGCUGAUAUCUCAUUGAAAUCAAAAAAGCCAAAAGAAGAAAUACAUUUUCCUAAGAAUGGCAACAAAGUCCUUAAAGAUUCCGAAAGGAAAUCCACUGAAAUUAUAAAAUCAAACGAAGGCAGAGGAAAGAAGAGUACUAAAAAAGUGGCUAAUGAAAGUAAUCAAAACGAAGAGAAAACUGCCUGGAAAUCAAGAGGAAGCAAAAUUAAGUCAAGAGACACUAUUGCAACCAAAUAGAAAAUAAAUACUACAAAACUGAUGAAAAAAUAAAAUUUUCGUUUUUUCUCUUUUAUUAAUAUGUAUACUUGUGAUUGACUAAAAUUGUUAAAUAAUUUUUACAGAAACCAUAUAUG